GGGAAGAGUUUUUUUUUUUUCCUGAAUGUUUUCCUACCUUGAUUAUAUCAAUUAGCAUUGGUCGUACCUAUCCUUUUUAGAAUAAUUCAAAGGACUCAAAUUCUACUGUGUGUGGUUUCUGAUGUUGGGCAAGAACACUGAGCACAAGUAGUAGUAUUUCUAGUUCUUGUUCUUGCAAACGGUGUUUCGAAAUCCAGAGAUUUCAGUUUCUUUUCUUUUGUAAAUGAAUGGGAAGAAGAUUGAUUGCCAAGAAAGAAAUCAACAAAGCCAUGAAUUAAUCGGUGAGUGCGGUUUUGAACUUGGUAAUCAGUCUUGUCAAAUUUUUGGUCAGCAGCAACAGCAGGCUUGGAACAAUAUGGGAAUUUGGGUUCAGCAACCCACCAUGGAUCAUGAAGUGUCACUGCUUCAAAAUCUUGGGCCUCCUAAAACUCCCAGCAGCAUUAUCAGCCGCUUCGAAUCGCCGGUUUCAGCUUUCUACGCAACUGAACUCUAUAUGGGGGGGUUUCCACAGUAUGACUUUCAAGCUGGUCAGAAUCCUCAGUUCCCUUCAGGCCAAUCUAAUAAUGAAAGCUAUAGCUCCAUGAAUUCAUCUGAGCAAGAUCCGAAUUUCGACAUCAGAAACACCCUGCAAUCAAUUGUGAAAUCUCAACCCAGCAGCUAUCAAUACCAUAAAUCCUCAGAGAAGUGUAAUCGAAUCCCAGCAAGCGAUUUGUCAGGCAGUAAGCUGUUUGCACAUCAAUCAAAUAAGUUGCAUGGAGAUCAUAAUACUACUACAGUUAGAAGACCCUCCUUUUCCCUUCCUUCUAAAGAAAAUCAGGAUCAAGUAGGUUAUUGUAAUUCGUUCACUACUUCUCCGGUUACACAACUGAGCGUCUUUUCUGGGCAAGGAAAGCAGCCUCCAAGAAUUUCCUCCAGACAAGUUUCCGAUUGUUAUGGCAAUUCUCCUUCAUCCAGCCCUGUACUCUCAAGUAAAACACGAAUUCGUUGGAAUCAAGAUCUUCAUGAGAAGUUCGUUGAGUGUGUAAAUCGUCUUGGGGGUGCUGACAAAGCAACACCAAAGGCAAUUUUGAAGAUGAUGGGUUUGGACGGAUUAACCAUCUUUCAUGUCAAAAGUCAUCUGCAGAAAUAUCGAAUUGCGAAAUACCUACCAGACCCAGCAGAAGGAAAAUCUGAGAAAAGAACUACUUUGAAUGUUGAACCCCAGCUCAAUGUGAAAACCCUCUUACAAACCUAUGAUGUGAAUAUUUAUCGCAGUUGCUUGCAAAUUAAAGAGGCACUCCAACUGCAAUUAGAUGUCCAGCGACGUCUUCACGAACAAUUGGAGACUCAACGAAAGUUACAGUUACGAAUUGAAGAACAAGGGAAGCGGCUCAGGAAGAUGUUUGAUCUGCAACAACAAACAAGUAGUAACCCGUUGAAGGCUCAGAACUCGGAUGUCACAUGCCAUGAAGCUUCCCCAGCAAAUAGUCUCGACGAUACUGAUCAGCUUUCAACUCCUGAAGGUUCUAGUUUUCCCUCCAAGAUAAGUUAGCCCUGAAAAGAUAAUUAGUCUGUCAUUCUUCACACAACGGAACUCAUACGGUUUCUUCGUCCUCAAAAAGUUCAGUCCUUUAGCAGAAUCAAGAACUUUAAAUAAUACUACUGGUAAAGUAAGAAGGAAAGCAAAAAUUGGAAGAUGAUAGUGAAGACUACAAUCAAUUGACUGGCAGUCAUACAUUCAUCAUAUGCCAUUUUGAGGAUAUGAUCCUAUAGAACGACUCUUUUUUAUUGUUUCAUAAAGUUUGUGUGGCAGUACUGUAACAAUGUCUUAGUGUGAAAAUUUUUAUUUUAUUUUAUUUUAUUUUAUUAUUUUUAUUUUUAUUUUUUAUUAUUAUUUUUUUUUGUGUGUGUGGAAUCGAUGGGGACAUAUUUAGACACAGCGUCCGUCAAGCUUUUGGUCCAAUGGAAGAGUCAACAGGAUAAUGUUUUACCAGUUCCGUUAUCCUCCCGCUCCUCCUAAUAAUAAUAAUAGUUUUGUAA